AUGAAUCGAUUUAGAGCCAAGAAGAAGCUCAAGGACGAUGGCGACUCGGAGACACAUGCGUUACCCUCUUUUACAUUCAGAAAAAAGAAAAACCAGAUCGAGUCCAAAUCAGAAAUCGAUCUCUCAGCGGCCUUGCCAUCGGCAGAUGACUUUCGGACGAGUCUUUUGAUGCCAAAUUUAUCAGCCCGAUUUAGCAUGCUCCGAGAACAAGAUGACCCUACAACGAAGAUUGGGAAAGCAAACGACGAUAGCGUUCUCUUCCCUAGAAGAGCUUCGAGGCUCAAUUUGUUCGCGCAUAACCCUUUGACAGAUAUCGCCGAAGUUUCGUCUCUUAGUGGUUCAGCAAGGCCAUCACUUAACCUGUGUCGCACGUCUUAUGUGUCUGGUGAAGGCUCCCACACCGAUGAUGACUCUUCACAAAGUGUUCUGAGUAGACCCAGGCCCGUCGAAGGCAACAACCUGUUCGGAGGGCGCCAAAAAAUUUACAAGAUUCCCGUUAAGAAUUCGUCAACGUCCGAAUUCCCUCCUCUUGAAGAAAGGAGGCCAAGUGACGGUUUGGGAAAGGCUUCAUAUGAGGACGAUAUGCCAGUCUCGACCUUUCAGCAACUGAAGGAGAACGAACGUGAACGACAAACUGGAGAGGCUAGCGAUCUACGUGAGGUCGCCCAGCGAAUUGAAGACGAGAUUUUAGCCAAAUUACCGGGUGAUCAGCCUAUUACUGCUACUCAAGGCAUCAAUUCUCAAGCUCAUACCCCUGAACAUGGAUCGGCCUCUUCCACUCCAGUAAGGCACAACUUCUCCAACUUGGAGAGGAACCCGACCAAAACACGCCGGUUGUAUGGACAGGGCCUCGAGGUACAGAACCAACAAAAUAUGACUCUCGAUAGGAUUGAAAGUCUAAGCCGAAAACCUAAGAUUGCAGAUCCCACGCAAAUGACGCGGUCACUCUCUAAGAGUGCUGUUAGCUUAAAUGAAAAGUAUCAAAAACUUGGGCCAGUGUACGCAUCGUCUAACUUUCGUCCAAACAGUCCUCCUCUGUCAGCAUCCUCAGUUUCUGGGAACGAAUUAAGCAGGAAAACUGCCCCAGCGAACAGCACUAGCCAGGGGUACCAGAUUGCCGCCCCCCUAAGCCCACCUUUGAGUGAAAGUGGAGAAAUAUCACCACUUGCAGCCGCCCUUCAGCCUGAGGAUAGAGGCAAGGCCACGGCUACCGGGUUGUUUAACAAACCAUCCUCUAAGUAUGACGAGAAUCAAUUCCAACAACGCCAGGUUCAAAUGUACGAAGGCAAGAAUACGCUCCCAUACCGUCGCCCCGCGCACGGGCCUGAGACUGAAAAGACCGGACGACCUCGAGGUUUGUCUACAACCAGUUACCGUUCUAGGGCCGAAUCAGCCGCAUCGGCGUACAGUGGCUCCCAAGAUGGGCAUCCACCUCGACUGACGCAAAAUCUCCGCAGAGGAUCUCCGCCACGUGCUGAAAAUGGGACCUUCUUGGCAAAUCUUAGCGAAAGCGAGCCAGGCAGUGAUGUUGAAGGAGAUGUCGCCUCAAAGUCGAAAGUUAUGCCCACCGCUCCGAAGUUUGAUAGCACUUAUGCGAGUUUGAGGAGCAGUAGUGAGUCCAGUGACUCAGGUCCGUAUGGGCAACCCAGUCGAUCGCUAUAUUCAACUCAGGCUGAGUUGAAGCGUUCGGAAUCUCGUGAUCUUAAAACGAUCAAUGAAAUUGAGACAGUGGACGCUUUGUCACCCGUUCGUGAGGGACGGUCAGAAAAACCAAAGGAUUCACCUACACUAGGGCCAUCCGAAGCAGGCGGUCUCAGCGGGUUAAUCCGAAUGCAUCUGAGGCACGACAGCGAUAAAUCUUCAAUCUUCCCCCCUCCUUCUCCGGGCCUGCCUCCCAGUUCCUUCGAUAACAACCGUGCUAUUAAUCCUUCAAUCCAAGCAACCAGAGAAUCGAGCCAUUCUGCUAGCAUUCACAGUAAUCCAUGGGAGCUUGACGAGUGGAGCAAGCCUUCUCAAACUUCUGAAAGGUCGAAUCAUUCCCCUCCGCGGCCAUUCCAACACCCAGACCAGCCACCGCAUCAACAGCAAAGUGGAUUCUCGGCCAUGUCGUUGAGGGCGAAGCAGAUGUUAGAUCAAGCAAACGCUCUCAGCGGACAAGGACAUACGUUUGACACCCGAGAGCCCAGUAACCGACCCCUGCUACAAGGACCGAGCGCGUCUUGGCAAGAGGGAGUCCCACAGCAUCGCCGGGGUGGCAGUUCGGAGACCCAAAUGGAGAGAGAGGAAUUGGCACAUGAAUUAGCCGAGAGGCGAAGAAAAGUCCAUGAAAAGCUAAAGAGCUUUGCAGAAAAUGAAAGCAGCAGAUCAGCCAGUCCAACAUCUGGAGGAUUUAGAGAUAUUGGCCCCGGAAAAGCUGGAAACGCAUUCGCUAUGCUUAAGACCAAGGCUUCUAGGAGCAAUGCCCUACAUGAUGUACCUCAACCGAAACCACUUAAAAUACUAGGCAUGGAAAGCACUGCUCACAAUGCUUCUGCGCCUAAUCUAGCAUCGAACAACGAAUUUUGGCGUGACGACGAAGAAAAACGACUCCGCGAUUAUGCGAAGCAGCCUCGAACUUCGUCGCCUCAUGUUACUGUUCGCCAUGGAAGGCCACACCCGCAACAAACACAAUCCACCCCCCGUGGUAGCCAUGAAGAAGCUCCAGAUACCUUCCGCGACGGACUAUCUUCCUCUUGGAGACAGCCGCGUAGCGCAAGGGAUAGAUCAACAUCAGACGCCUCUGGCCGAUCUAAGAGUCGUCCAAGACACCGCGAUGACCUAGAGAAUCUCGGAAGAAUCACGGAUAGUCCGCAACACAGACCCGCCGGCGAGGAAAACAGGCAUUAUAGAGGAGCUCCUUCAGGACCUUCUUCCACGCGACCCUCAGCCGAGAGUGAGCGGCUUCAACCCGAAAGUCAGUCUAUGGGGAUUGGUUCCUCUCCACGCCCUUCGCCGAUAACUCCGUAUUCAGCCAAUGCAACUCCGCCCCUAUAUGAAACUUCUCCCGUAAAUUCAUCUAUGCCUACACCCACGUUCGGCGGCACCCCUCCACCAGGCCAGUCGGCGCAAUGGAAUCAAAGCCUCGGCUCUCACAAACGAUUUGUUGACAAAUCGCUGAUUUCUGAACCCAAAUUCGUCUCCAGCACGUCCAAUGUCCCAACUGUCGGCCUCCCGCCGGGUGCCAGUCUCAGUAACGGAAGCUCAACUCCCCCAGUCCCUCCCAUGAACCCAAGAAGACGGCGACCGACAGCGACCCAGACCAUAUUGGGCGCUUUCAAGGGCUCUGAUAGACUUGAUACUGUAACGAUGCCAAUUUCCUCGGGUAAAUCCCAGGAGGAACAGAGCACGUUCUCAGACGAAGAUAAACGGUCCCGACCGCGCCAACGGCUACGCAAGAUAUCAAGUGAGGGCGGGAAUCUCAAUGCCAAAGCUCGCCAGCAAGCUAUGAUGGCGAAAUCCCCAGCUAUACCACAAGUUCCAACGCCUGUUGGAACGCCAGUACGAAUGGAGGGCGGGAUGUUCUAA